AUGACGACCUCAACUACCACAGUGACCCUGAAUCAAAGCCCAUUUGAGCUCGCGGGCCCAUAUGGAGACUUCCGAGAUGAUCUUAAAUCUCAAGGAUAUGCCGUGGUAAAGGGUGCAAUCUCUCUCGAAAAGGCUCGCCACUAUCAGCAAAAAGCUUUAGACUGGGUUACAUCUUUCGGCAGUCCAUUAGACCUGAACGACCCAUCUACAUGGACCGUGGCAAACCUUCCGGUACAGGGCAAAGCAAACCAAUAUAGCAAUUACUCAGUUGUCCACGAGAAAUUCAUGUGGGAUGCCCGCAUGGAACCUAAAAUCUUGGAAGCAUUCAGCAAAGUCUGGGGAACGGAUGAGCUACUUGUCUCCUUCGAUGCCGUCAACAUCACCUUACCGAAAAUGCAAGACAAGGCAAAACGCCAACCUUGGCCUCAUGUUGACCAAGCACCAAUGCGUCGUGGUCUCCACUGUAUCCAGGGUGUUAUCAACCUUAGCCAAGCUGGCCCCGAAGAUGGGUCGCUCAUCGUCCUACCAAAGUCGAACCAGGUGACCGAGGAAUUCUUCGAUACUCAAGUUGACCCUUCAACAUGGGAAACGAGAGACUUCCGCCACAUUAGCACCGAGGAAUUGAAAUGGUUUGAAGCUCGCGGUAUCAAACCUUUGAGGGUGCAGGCCGAGCCUGGAGAUUUGCUUCUUUGGGACUCGCGCACUGUUCAUUGGGGCGGUGAGCCGACAGAUAAAAGUGACAUUAUCCGAACGGUCAUCUAUGCAUCCUACUCUCCUGCCAGUCUAGCUACACCGGGAACCUUUGAGCGGAAGAAGGAAGCCUUUGAAUCGUUCCGAGCAACUACCCAUUGGGCUCAUGAUAACGUUAUUCUUCGUGACAGCGUUGUUCUUCUUCCUGAUGGGACUGUCGAUCCUCGCAAUCGAUCCAAACCCCUUGAGGAGCCAGAACAUACCGACAAGCUUCUCAAACUAGCUGGUGUUAGGGCCUACUGA